UCACGUGAGUGUUUAGGGAUUAAACAGUAUAGUUGGUUAUUAAUUUUUCUUUCAUUUUUACUUUUUAAAUAAUUUCUUCUUCUAGACUUUUCUAGAUUUGUGUGAUACUCAAGAGUAUUUUGGCUCUGCAAUAUCACAGCUAGAAGUUGUGGAGAUUAAAAAAUUGCGUAUUUAUUUUAAAAUUAUUCUUUUUUUCUUAUUCAACGACAAAAAAUUGUGAUUGUCAUGAGUAUCAAAAUUAUGAUAAGUUGGGAAGAAGAAAAUAAACAAUUUGCCUUAUAAUGACUUAUGCAGAGAAAAUGAUCUUAUUUUGCUGCAGUUUUAGGUAAAUAACUUUUAAACGAAUAAGUAUGCAAAUGACUUUUACACAAUAUUAAUUAUUUUUUCAUUAAUACGUAUAAAAAAAUAGAUUUAAUUCAUAACGCUAUUUCUUCAUUAUUUCUGUAUUUCUCUCCAAAUUUGCAAAUUAGCACUGCAAAAUGCGAUUGCCCAUAGAAAUUAAGAACAAACAAAAAAUUAAGUAGCUUUACAAAGCGUCAAAAGAAUCAUGUAAAAAUUUUCUACAGAUAAUCAAGCGUAAUAAUAGAAUAAUCUAUAAAAUUUUAAAAUUCUUAGCAAUACUUUGACACGUAUAUCUUUACCACUUUACAUUCUUCAAGUUUUUCCAAUUUCUCAUUAGAAAUUUUGCACUUUUCCUCGCGUCGGGAAAGAGAAAACGCUACAGUCCCCUCUCGCUUCCGUAUCUCUCCUCUGAUUACAUCGUGGUCGACGCGGCGCAUCCCCCGCGUUUCCCCCGUUGUUUCUCUCUCCCUGCACCGUCGCCCCCAUCCCUCUAUUUCUGCUCGACUCGUGUUACUUAUCGUCAGUCGUUUUCGGUGCGCUGUGCGGUACGCGCCGUCGAGGAACGUUUCACGAAACACGAUCCCCGUGUGUUUGAUGUGCGUCGGAGGAUUCGCGAGCAUCCGAGUAAACAGAAUCAAAGCGACACAAGAUUUUUUUCGCGGAUCUUAUUUAGCGAGGCGUCGUCGUCGUCGUUGAGAUAAGACAGCGGGAUCUCGUCACACACGUUUCGGGAAGAGGAAAGGGGGAGACUUCAUCCCUCCCCGCAGGAGAUUUAUCCGCGGCCUGUCGCGCGUGUAAAUCGCUGUGGAUCCUCGCGAGGAUCGUCGUCGACGGGUGACAUCUCCGGACUCGACGACUCGCGAGAUUCAUGCGGCGGCGGCCGUGCUGGGAAAUUGCCUGAUGCGUCGUGCGUCAUCUCGCGCGAGAGUUGAUUCCAUUGAUCGGUCCAGCUCUGACGCGGAGGAGCACAUAGUACGUUCGCGCUAACGCCGCCGCCCUCGAGAGCACAGCGAUCUCGGAUCUGGUCUCCGUACUAUCUCGACCCUCGGCGUGUGGCGAAGGGUGGUUAGGUAGGGGAAGGGGGUGGGUAUGUCCCGUUUAUGCGAAGACGUGAGUGCAACUUCAAUCGCGGUUAAUCGCGGAGUAUCAUCGUCGUUCACGAGAACUUGAUUUCCCCCGAGGAACACUGUCGUGUCCCGUGUGGUUUGUGUUCUUAAAGAGAGAGAGAGAGAGAGAGAGAGAGAGAAGAACGUUGAAGAAAUUAUUAGGAUUCUAGAGGAAUUGUUAGGAUAUUUUUGUAGGGAGUUUGAUCGGUGGUGUAUGUAUUUCGUCUCGUCUUCGAGAUUUUAUUGGGACACGAACAAUAUAUUGUGACUUAGUGUCGAGGAUUAGUGACUUCGGUCGUGGAUCACGUGUCUUUGCCUCGUGAUUGUCGCCAAAUUGCCACGGAAUGCUUCUCGGUGGUUACAGAUAUUCCAUUCAGAGUCAGAAUGCGCCGUCCACGAGGACCAGCGCCUGGGGUCCUUACAAUUCUUUACGAACCACCAACAUGCCACUGCAGGAGAUCACAAUGAGUCAAACCCUGCCAUUGACGAACGGUGAAAACACAAGAGCACAUGGUGAAAAUUCCUCCGUGAACAAAGACGGAACGACGAUGGCUCGACCAGGCGAUAGUGGAGGAGGCGGUGGAGGUGGCGGUGGAGGUGGCGGUGGUGGAGUAGGUUACGGCAGAACCAUGAAAGAGUACGAAGAUGAAUUGAGCAGUCUGAAGAAGGAAAACUUCCAACUUAAAUUGCGAAUUUAUCUACUGGAAGAGGGAAACCCUGCAAGGAAUGGCAUGACUUUUUCCGACGAGGAUGUAAUCAAAACGAACGUAGAAUUAAAGGAAGAGUUGGAGAAAUUGAGAAAGGAAUUGGUGGAAAAGCAAGUUCUUCUUAAUCAGGCAGCCAAAGCUUUUAAAUUAUAUGAAGAACAAAAAGCAGCGACUUCCCGUACUCAAGAUCAAUAUCAGCAAUCACUCGAAAAAGAACGAGAAAAAGUAACUAAGCUUGAAAAAGAAUUAGCGGAGUAUCAAGAAAGGGAACUGGACACAUCCACGUAUUAUAAGGAAACAUUUGGCAUCACUCCAGAACAGGCCUUAAAAAACGCGGAAAAGUUGCGACAGAUGGAAGAAUUGGUGACUUCUCUCGAAACAGAGAUGAAACAAAUAACCAGCAGUCUGGAAGAGGAGCGCAGCUGGGCGCAGGAACUUGAAAAUGAGAGGGAUCAAUUUAGAGAGCGAUUAGACGCUGAAACGCGGUUACGGGAGAAACAGGACGGUGAUCGAAUACGAAGUAUCGAGGAGUUACGCGACGAAGUGAAAGACUUAAAGGACCAACUGUUUAAAAAGGAAUCUAUUAUGCAACAAUAUAAAAAUGAUCUUGACGAACGAGACAGAAUACUCAAGCAGAAGAGUACGUUGCUGGAGGAAAAAUGUCAGGCGUACGAGGAGAUCAUCCAGGUGUCUGAAAAAAGGAAAAAUCAAAUUAUUCAGUUAAGGGCAUCUGUCAAAACGCGCGACGAUGCUCUCACAGAGAUCAAUAAUAAGCAUCGUGCGUUGUUAUCACAGUGCGAAAAUAAUUAUGGCAAGCGUACGCCACCUAAUAGUCCUUCGGCUUUAAUUUCGUUGACAAAUGAUUAUUUCUCGCCGGGACAGAGAAUAUCUUGUAUUCAAAAUACAACAAAGCACGAUGAUACCUAUGAUUGUGAAUCAAAUAAAGAAAGAGCGGCAAGCUUGAAUUCGCCAUUAGGUGGAGAUUCUAGAGAAAUCAGGCAUCUUAUAAAGGAACUGGAAGAAAGGGAGAAUAAAUUAAAACAACAGGAGGAUAGCAGGAAGCAGUUGAUACUAAAACUGUGCAACGCUCAGAAGCAAGCAGAAAAUGCAGAGCAGAAAUUGAAAAAAAUGGAAAGCGAGCAUCAGAAGGCUCUUAGAGCAAUACAAGGUUUCAUGGAGCGUGAGCAACAAAUGCGGAAUACGGAUUCACACAAAGAACGGCAGAAGAUUUUGGAAUUGGAAACGGAGUUACGCAAAAGAAGAAACAGUCACGGUCUUGUCUCGUUAAAGGAUCUCGGGGUUAAGAAUGCAGAUAAUUCCGAAAACGAUUCCUGCAAACAGCAACGUUUCGAAGAAAUGGAAAGCAAGAUUAGCGACCUGCGAGACCAAAUUGAGACAAUAAAAGCUGAAAAAAAUUAUUUGGAAAAACAGACACAAGUUGAGUUUAAGGAACUCGAAGUUCGUCUUCUUGAAAAGGAGCAAAAGAUUGAGAUCCUGGAGAUGGAGAAACAAAUCAUUACAGAAGAUUUGAAAAACAAAAUUGCUGAAUUAGAUAAACUCAGGCACACUGAAGUAACCAGUGAUGAAGUUAGUACCACCGGUUGUCGUGACGAUAAUUUACGAAGAGAAGAUCUUGUUGACCAGUUGGAUCAACGAAACGCUGAAAUCGAGGAAAAGAACCGCAAGAUCGAACAACUGACGAAAGAAUUGCAGGUUACAACUCAGAAUCUACAGAUGUUGAUUAACACAGAACUCUGGAGCAAGAACAAGGAAAUUGCUAAAUUGCACAACCAUAUGACAGCAUCAUAUAGCCAUGAUAAAAAUCGCAAUAAGCCGGAGAUUAUUCAAGAAUCCGAUAGCAGCGUACAAUUGACGAGUCUGAUUCGCGAGCUUGAUGAGAUCGGUGUAAAAGUAAAUUUCACGAAUGAUACCGUUCGACUCGAUUACAUCAACGGGGAUGAAACGGUGAACGUGAAGACAUUAAGUGACAGCAUUCAAAGACUGAUGAGUCAGCGAAAUGAUCUAGAAAAAGAAGUUGAUUACUUGAAAUGGCUAAAACUUGUGUCGAAACCCGAUAUCGCCGCGGAGAUCGACGACGGUUGCGGAAAUGAGACGGAACGGGCUAAGAAGUACUGCGAGUUGCUGCGCACGCAUCUGAAAGAUCUAGUCAAGUUUAUGAAAGAGAUGCUCAAGAAUACCGAUCGCGCAGAUACUAUUGGUAACGAGCAUAAGAAGAUUGUGCUAGAUGUUCUGCUCAAUUCUAAAAUACUGUCGGACGAUUUUGUACGUGCUCUUGAAGGCAUGAGUGUGCAAGAUGGCUCAAUUGUGAAUGACAGGAUCGAUGGCUCUCCGAAAAAGAGCCGCUCCGAGAAUGUGGAGAUGUCGAAAAAUCAGGCAUCGCAAUCGGAUUCUGAAACGUUCUCGGAACCCGAUCGAACUGUAUCCAUGGCCAGAAUUGGUCUACAGGAGAAGCAACAUAAGAACCUGAGUCGUUACAGAUUUACAAAAUAUACCAAGACCUGCAGCGAUUCUGAAGACUCUGCGGAUUAUGUGCCUUAUUACAAGACCUAUCAGAAUGAUCUCAGCGAUUUGGAUACGAGUCAUCAAAUGCAGGAGUUGAAAGAAACGAAUAAUAUGUUGUAUUCUGAACUUAAUGCCUUAAGGAACGAUCUGACCGCUAAAAUUUCUUUUGAUUGUAUAAUCGAUGAAAAAUUAACGCCAUUCAUUAUGAAGUUGGAAAAGUCACAAAAGUCUUGCGAAAAAUUACAAGCUUCCUUGGAGAAAAGAAUACACGAGUUUUAUACAUUGAGAAAAGAGAACAAGCAGAAUAGCGUUCGCAAAACACAAUUGGAAAGAAAGAUUAAUGAUGUGGAGCAAAUGGCGAGCGAAAUUACCAAACAAAAAGCUGAAUUUUUGCAAUAUAAGGAAAGUGCCGAAAGAAAGACCACAGAGACUCUUUUAAUACUUAAUAAAGAAAACGAAUUGUUGCGAGGGAGGAUAAAACAGUUGGAAGAAGAAACGGAAACUGCCAAAAUGACCAUAUCUACUCUCAGAAAAGAGCUGGAUCAUCUUACUCUUUCGCAUAGCCAGAUACUCGUGGAGAAUACAAAGUUGACAAACGACAAAUUAAGACUCGAACAAGAUAUAAGGAAAAUGGAGAAUCGAUAUGACAUGACUGUUCGUUCGUUGCACGAUAAAUUCAGCAAAGAGAUAUGCGAUCUCAACGAUUCGCAUAGAGCGAGAGUACAAGAACUUGAAACAGCGAAUAAAGAGUUCAAGAGACACAUGGCGGUUUGCGAGGCUAGCGAUUCAACGACGAGCUCGAGCGGCGUAUCGUCAAUACCCACGGACGCCACGCUCAAGCAAACUUGCGAUAUUCUGCAGGAAUAUCAACCCUAUAACGGUUCACAGUUUUGGCAACCGACGAAUUACUCUGCCCUCGGAGGACGCAGUAAAUCUAGUUGUUCGCCAGAUUUAGGAAUAGAAAGCGACGCCGCCGUUACCACGAUGAGACCUUUGAAGGACACUUUAAAGAUUACGGAAUCUAUGACUAACUUAUUAAGCGACGAAGAUAAUGAUAAUCACAGAGCUCAAGAUUCAAACAGUGAAAGUCCAUUACCAAUAGAAGGUCUUGAAGAGGUAGACGCUUUGAAACAGGAGAAUGAAGCAUUAAAACGAAAACUGAUAAAAACUAGGAAGGCGCUGGAAGACACAUUUGAACACUUAACAACUUCGAACAAGAACAAGAAAAAUGUUGAAAAGGCGAUAAUAAAACAGCUUAUGGCCACAAGGAGUGUUUUAAAAAAAACAAGGACAUUCGAUGAACCUUUGGAUAAUUAAUGGAGAUUGCAGACUGACUGAUCAAAAAAUAUUAUAUACAAAGAGAGAAGAAAGAAGUAGAACGUAGGAAUGUUGUUACUUGUUGAAUUGUGUUCUUUCUAUAGAUUAAUCGUUUCAUUCAACGUAUUAUUUUUCAACUACGUUUCUCAUUUAUCUCUUCUCAUAUUUUUUUUCUGAGAAGAAAAAACUUGUAUCUAGCGAUACAUAUGUCGGUACAAAAACUUAUAAUACUCAUAUACGUUACGUAUUACGAAAUUUUUUAACGAAAAAGAUUUCUAUGUGACAAAUAUUUUCAUAAGGACACAAUCUAUUUUCGAUAUUUAAAAAAAUAUGAAAAAUGAAACGAAAGAGAGCUUAAAAUGAACUUGUACAUUGAGAUUUGUAUAUAUAUUUAUAUAAAUACGCGCGUAUUUUUGACAUUUUUGUAGAUUUUCUUUCAUUGUAGAAAAGAAAGUUCUUUCGAAUGCUGAAUACGAUGCAAACACUGAUAUCAAAGUCUUCGUUUGCCGACUAUUUUGCUUUAUGAUAAUAAAUUCGCGUAUGUGUGUAUAUAAUUAUCUCAUAUAUCGUUAUGUAGCACAUUUGUACAUAAUCACUACGAAUAAAGUGCCAUUGAUAUGCAGAA